GAUUUUGUAAUUGUUUGGACAGGUACAUUACGCAGAUAAAGUCCAGCAGUUCUGACGUCAAGGCGAGCGUCAGUUGCUGCGCUACUUUUAAAUGUAAGCCACGGCUGACCACUGUCAGUGUGGGGGUAUUUGCAGUAGCUUACUGCCACCAGUUUUUCGCCGCGAUCAGUCGGCGGCUGGCAGUCCAAUUGGCUAUGGAGCUCCUGCAUGCACUGGCUGCUCUCUUCUUCCUAACUUUUUCUGCAGUGCCAGUAAAUGCUGACUCACAAUGCAUUCCUAAAAGCUUUGGAUAUGACAGUAUCGUAUGUGUCUGCAAUGCCACAUACUGUGAUGAAUUUGAAACAGUAACACACUAUCCAUCUGGAAAGUAUUUACUAUACACAUCAACAAAAGAUGGCCUCCGCUUUAAGAAGAGCGUUGGUUCCUUUUCUCCAAGAAAAGGUGCCUCUUGCCUGACACUGCAAGUUGAUAGAGGUACUAAAUAUCAAACUGUCAAGGGCUUUGGAACUGCAUUUACUGACUCUGCUGGGAUUAAUGUAUUUUCCCUUUCACCAGAUGCUCAACAAAAUCUCAUGAGGUCUUAUUUCACAUCCUCUGGUAUCAGCCUGAACAUGGGAAGGGUGCCAAUAGCUGGAUGUGACUUUUCUAUACGUGGCUAUACAUAUGAUGAUUAUGAAAAUGAUACUCAGCUUACAAAAUUUAAUUUGACAUGGGAGGACUACAAACUUAAGAUGCCUUUGAUUAAAUGGGCCCAGAAUCUAAGGAACCAAACCCUGAAGUUGAAAGCAGCAGCAUGGAGUCCACCUAUAUGGAUGAAAACAAACUAUGAUUUGAUGGGUGCCUCUCGUCUCCUGGACCAGUAUUACCAGACAUGGGCUGAUUACCAUAUAAAAUUCCUUGAUGCCUACAAAGAAAACGGUAUUGAGUUUUGGGCAGUGUCUACGGGAAACGAACCAGCAAAUGGUAUAGUUUUUAUACUAGCUAUUAACUCCCUUGGAUGGACACCACAAGGGCUAUUAAAGUGGACUGUUGAAAAUUUGGGUCCUUCACUGCGUGCUUCCCAACACAGCAAUGUUAAGAUUCUUGUUCUUGAUGAUCAACGUCCCUAUGUGCCUUGGGUGUUAGACAAGAUUAUGGAUGAUAAAAGGAUGCAAAAAUAUGUUGAUGGUAUUGCUGUCCAUUGGUACUAUGAUGAAGUAUCUCCAGCUCAGAUACUAACUGAAACACAGAAGAAAUACCCCACCAAAUUCAUUAUAUCAACAGAGGCUAGCAUUGUUACUUUUAUGCCAAACGUCAGCAGAGUGAGACUUGGUGACUGGUCAAAUGGAGAAGCAUACAUGACAGACAUGAUACAGGAUUUCACACACUGGGUUACUGGGUGGUAUGACUGGAAUCUUGCAUUAGACCAGGAAGGUGGCCCUAAUUGGGUAGAAAACUAUGUCGAUUCUUCAAUUAUUGUGAAUGCAAAAAAUGAUGAAUUUUAUAAGCAGCCUUUGUUUUAUGCUCUUGGCCACUUUUCUAAGUUUAUUCAUGAAGAUUCAGUGAGGAUUGAUGUUGUGCCAAACAAUAAAAAUGGAAUUAGAAGUGUGGCAUUCACAACUCCAUAUAAUGCAACAGCUCUUGUCAUCUCCAAUAAGAGAGAUCAUAAUACAAAGGUAACAAUUGCAGACCCAGAUCGUGGCUACAUUACUAUUAAAGUUCCCAAGAGAUCUUUCAACACUCUAUUGUACUGGUAAUGUACAUGUGUGGCACUUUUAAUAGUGCCUGGAAUUUGUGAGAAUGAUGCCUAAAAUUGUUGAAGAAUGUGGAAGUUUAAGAUCUGUAUAAAUAUUGUUAAAUCUAUCCUUUCCUUACACAAUAAAGAACACAAGUAAUGAUUAAAAAAA